UUGAAGCCAAUUGGGGCACCAAACUCGAUCGUGACUCCCCUAUAUGAUUCGUCCAGCCAAUUACACAAGAUGCCUUAUCAGUAGUACUUUUAACUCUCUCUCUCUCAACUAGUGAAUUAUAGAGGGUAAUCCAAGUCUUGUCUUUGGUCGGCAUCAAGAGCCAUAUAUGCCAUUCAAGUCUGCUCUAAAAAAAAGACAUUCCCAUAAAAACUUCAUUUUCCAAAACAACACCAGAUGAUUUCACAAGAACAACAUAGGAUUGUCCAAAACAAGCAAUCAGCUAGAGAGGUAGAAGGAGGCGAUGGAGAGCAGCUCUCGUUGCCGCCGCCGCCGCCUCGGGAGGUUCCCACCCUCCCGCCGCCGUGGAACAGGCAGAUUACGGCGAGGGGAGUGGUGGCCAGCGCCGUGAUAGGGGCCGUUUUCAGCGUGAUAGCCAUGAAGCUCAACCUCACCACCGGAAUCACGCCCAACUUCAACGUCUCCGCCGCGCUCCUGGCGUUCGUUUUCGUCCGGACGUGGACGGCGGUUCUCCGCAGGCUCGGGGUCUCGUCUCCCCCCUUCACGCGACAGGAGAACACCAUGAUCCAGACGUGCGCCGUCGCCUGCUACAGCAUCGCAAUUGGAGGUGGGUUGGGAUCAUACUUGUUGGGGAUGGACAAGAAAACAUAUGAGCUAGCUGGAGUUGAGACAGAGGGAAACAAUCCAAGCAGUUACAAGAGGCUUGAGAUUGGGUGGAUGAUGGGCUAUCUUUUGCUUGUUUGCUUUAUUGGUCUUUUUGUUCUGAUUCCUCUCAGAAAGAUUUUGAUAAUCGACUACAAAUUGACCUUCCCAACUGGAAUGGCAACUGCAGUUCUCAUCAAUGGGUUCCAUGCCAAGAGCGAUCAGAUUGGAAGAAAACAGGUGAAGGGGUUCUUGAAGUUUUUUUCUUACAGUUUUCUGUGGGGUUUCUUUCAGUGGUUUUACACUGGCAAAGAUGACUGUGGUUUCUCACAGUUCCCAACUUUUGGAUUGAAGGCAUGGAAGCAAACAUUUUUCUUCGACUUCAGUUUAACAUAUGUGGGGACUGGGAUGAUCUGUCCUCAUAUUGUGAACAUAUCUCUUCUUCUUGGUGCUGUCAUCUCAUGGGGAAUAAUGUGGCCUAUUGUGGCAAGGCUGGAAGGGGUUUGGUUUCCAGCUAACAUCCCAGAAACCAGCAUGAAAAGCCUCACUGGCUACAAGGUCUUUAUCUCCAUUUCGCUCCUCUUAGGCGACGGGCUUUACAACUUUGUCAAGAUAUUGUGUUUCACUCUCUUGAGCAUUCUUGACAGGUUCAAAAAGAGAACCAAUCUUUCUGACCCGGGCAUGACGGGUGACGAGCUAAGAAAAGAUGAGAUAUUCGUUAGAGAAAGCAUCCCAAUGUGGGUUGGAGGCAUUGGGUACUUGACAUUCGCUGUCAUUGCCGUGAUCUUCAUACCCAUGAUUUUCCCCGAGGUGAAAUGGUAUUGGGUGAUCAUUGCCUAUGCAUUCGCGCCUUCUUUGGCUUUCUGCAAUGCUUAUGGGGCUGGCCUGACUGAUUUCAACAUGGCCUACAACUAUGGCAAGUUGGGGCUGUUUAUGAUGGCUGCAUUGGCUGGGAAAGAGCACGGCGUGCUGGCUGGUCUUGCUGGAUGCGGCCUUAUCAAGUCCAUUGCCAACGUCUCGUGUAAUCUGAUGAUAGACCUGAAAACAGCCCAUCUCACUCUCACCUCUCCAAGAGCCAUGUUUGUGAGUCAGGCCAUAGGCACAGUUAUCGGCUGUGUGGUCGCCCCUCUCAGCUUCUUCUUGUUCUACAAUGCCUUCGAUGUUGGCAACCCCAAAGGAGAGUUCAAGGCGCCCUACGCCCUCAUCUACAGGAACAUGGCUGUCCUUAGCGUGGAGGGCUUCUCGGCCUUGCCCGCGCACUGCUUGCAGCUCUGCUAUGGUUUCUUUGGUUUUGCAAUCCUAACUAACCUGGCGAAGGACCUUUCUCCGCGGAGGGUGGGGAAUUGGAUUCCGUUGCCGAUGGCAAUGGCAGUGCCGUUCCUCAUUGGAGGUUACUUCACGAUAGACAUGUGCCUCGGGAGCGCGAUUGUGGUUGUGUGGCACAAAAUCAAGUCCCAAAAGGCAGAGGUUCUGGUUCCGGCAGUUGCUUCUGGGAUGAUAUGUGGAGAGGGGAUGUGGAUUCUUCCUGCAUCAAUCCUUGCAUUGGCAAAAGUCUCACCCCCAAUGUGCAUGAAGUUCUUGUCUUCCUGAAACCAUCAAAUUCUUAAGUUUGUUAAUCAUGAACAUCCUCUCCUGCAAACCAAUCAAAUACUGUUAAAUCACGUAGAUAGUGUCACCUAAAGGAUCUGGUCCACCAAUUACACAAAAGGUUGGUAUACGGGGAGAUACAAGUAGUGGCACGCAAAAUUCGGAGUCGGUUGAGUUAGGUUCAUAGAGAAUAUUCAUCUGUUAUACGUUUGUAACAAUAAUAACUAGAAGUGUAAGAGCCAACACAUGUCUGGUUUACAACAAUUACUAGAAGUGUACACCAUUGUUUACUUACUGUUCUUCACUAGGUUUUUACUUGUCUGAUUCAGGAGACUAAAGUUUAUUUGUGAGUAUUUUGACAGUUCAUAUCCAACUUGAUUUGUGAAUUGUUGCUCAGAGUGUUGUACUCAAUAACUCAACCCAGAAGUUGUGGAUAGUGCAGAGGUAAUAUUGCAAUUAGGAAUACUAUAUG